AUGUGCGUUCGACCCUCAUUGCUUCUCCCUAACCUCUGGAUCCCCUCACAUCUGUUUCUCACGUGCACACUUACCCCUCCGUCUCCUGCUCGUCUGGUUGAUUUCUUUCCUUCGCACCUGCCCUCUCUCUCCCCAUCCUUUCUCGCCCUCGCUGGACUUAUCUCUCACAACGCCUCACCCUCUCCCCCCUCCCCUCUCCCGCUCCGUCUCACUUGGGCCACGUCUCUCACACAGGACGCUAAUCUGCCUCUGCAGUCUCCUCUCAAGGUGGACAGGAUACCUGGAGGAGUGCGGCUGAGCUUACAAGUAACCGACAGUGACACCACAAAGCCCAUCGACAUCCUGGUCACAGUGGAGCCCCCCUCAGCAGACGCCCCUGCCAUGUUCCGAGCCGUGCGCUCCGGCCCGCACUGCCAGCUCACCCCGCCCGGCGAGCCUGCCCUCAUGGCCUCCAUGCUCACUGCACUAAGGAAGUCCGUGGCGCUGUCUAGGUCGUCAGGAUGA